AAAAACUCCUACCGGAAAGCCCGACCUUGGGUAGCGCAAAGCAAGGCUCUGGUGAUGGCAGGCAGCUACCUGUCAACAACCUAGGCAACCUUAAACUGAAUUCCCCGUGGCCUUUUAUCGUCUGCUUCGGUCAGAUCCUUUCGGUGUAGGCCAACGCGGGUGCAGUGUUAUGGAUGAACCAUGAAGGCCCAAUUACAAGUCACAGUGCUUUCAGCCAAGCUGAAGGAAAACAAAAAGAACUGGUUUGGCCCCAGUCCUUAUGUUGAGGUAGCCGUGGAUGGCCAGUCAAAGAGGACUGAGAAGUGCAACAACACACACAGCCCCAAAUGGAAACAGGCCGUCACUGUAAUUGUUACUCCGGUUAGCAAGCUGAUAUUUCGUGUCUGGGGCCACCAGACUCUGAAAGCAGACAUCCUCUUGGGAAUGGCCAUACUGGAGAUCAGCGAGACCCUGAAGGGUAACGACCUAAGACUGUGUGAGGUUGUGCAGACGCUGCAGCUGUGCUCCGACAGAGACCCUCGGGAUAUUGUAGGCGACCUGUCAGUCUGUCUGGACGGCAUGCAAGUAGACCCAGAAUCCUUUGCCUCAGCAGAGAGAGAACGAGCUACUAUUCCAAAUGGAACUGCAAGACAAAAUGGAGACACUGGCAACAGGUCAAGCAGAGACACGUCCCCGUCCAGUGACUCAGAGGAGUGGGUCAUUGUACAAAAUGGUCAUCUCGCAAAUGGUACGGGUUCUCCCUCCCAAUCUCCAGGCGGCUCCAGCGCCUCGCGUCCUCCUAGACCGGCCCGCCCCCCCCCUCCUACGCCUCAGAGGCCGACGGCUUCACCGACCUCUUCAAGCAGUUCUUCUCCAAGUGAGCUGAGUGAAUGUCCAGCUUCUGAUGGUUCCUCUCAGGCGUCGGCCAGUGGAUGUUCAAAUCAGCAGGAUGACGCAGCAGUAAGAGCAGCAGCCACAUCAACAGCCGCAGCAACAAUAUCGGCAGCAACAACAACAACGACAACAGGAGCAGCAGCAGCAACAGCAACAACAUCAACGACAGCAACAACAGCAACUGCAGGUUCUUCCCAGACAGCAAGCGGCCCCAAACCAGGGACCUCCGCCUCAGCAGCGCUGGCCACAACGACUCCCAGAAUCCCCCCCAUGAGCAAUGGCCCCUUGCCACCAGGGUGGGAGCAAAGGGCGGACCAGAACGGACGGGUGUACUUUGUGGAUCACAUUGAGAAAAGGACAACCUGGGAAAGGCCCGACCCUCUGCCGUCAGGGUGGGAGCGCAGGGUGGACCCGAUGGGAAGGGUGUACUACGUCGACCACAUAACCCGAACUACUACGUGGCAGCGACCCACCCAGGAGUCGGUGCGUAACUACGAAGAGUGGCAGCACCAGCGCAGCCAGCUGCAGGGAGCCAUGCAGCAGUUUAACCAGAGGUUCAUCUACGGGCUCCAAGACCAGUUGGCUGCCACUGCCAACAAAGAGUUUGACCCGCUGGGACCACUGCCACAUGGUUGGGAGAAGAGAACUGACACCAACGGCAGAGUGUAUUUCGUCCAUCACCCGACUCGAGCGACCCAGUGGGAGGACCCCAGGACACAAGGGCUGCUGAAUGACAAGCCCCUGCCAGAGGGGUGGGAGAUGAGGUUCACGGUAGAUGGCAUUCCCUACUUUGUAGACCACAACCGGCGAACCACAACCUACAUUGACCCCCGCACAGGGAAAUCCUCACUUGAGAAUGGACCACAGAUAACCUAUGUGAGAGACUUCAAAGCCAAAGUGCAAUACUUCAGGUUCUGGUGUCAGCAAUUGUCGAUGCCUCAGCACAUUAAGAUUAACGUCUCCAGGAAAACCUUGUUUGAGGAUUCAUUUCAACAGAUCAUGAGUUUCCACCCUCAAGAUUUGAGGCGGAGACUGUGGAUCAUUUUUCCUGGAGAGGAAGGUUUGGACUACGGAGGUGUGGCAAGGGAAUGGUUCUUCCUGCUCUCUCAUGAGGUACUGAACCCCAUGUACUGUUUGUUUGAGUAUGCUGGCAAGGACAACUACUGUCUGCAGAUCAACCCUGCGUCCUACAUCAACCCUGACCACCUCAAGUACUUCAAGUUCAUCGGACGCUUCAUCGCCAUGGCCUUGUUCCAUGGAAAAUUUAUCGAUACAGGUUUCUCGCUGCCCUUCUACAAGCGAAUCCUGAACAAACCUCUGGCUCUGAAAGACCUGGAGUCCAUCGAUCCGGAGUUUUACAACUCACUCAUCUGGAUCAAGGAUAAUAACAUCGAAGAGUGCGGUCUGGAGAUGUUCUUUUCCGUUGACAAAGAGAUCCUGGGGGAGGUCACCACCCACGAGCUGAAACCAGAUGGAGGGAACGUCCAAGUAACUGAGGAAAAUAAGGAGGAAUACAUCAGGUUGGUGGCUGAGUGGAGGCUUUCCAGAGGUGUGGAGGAACAGACUCAAGCAUUCUUUGAGGGCUUCAAUGAAGUCUUGCCCCAGCAAUACCUUCAAUACUUUGACGCUAAGGAAUUGGAGGUGAUGCUUUGUGGGAUGCAGGAGAUCGACCUGGUGGACUGGCAGAGAAACGCAAUCUACAGGCACUAUGCCCGAAGCAGCAAGCAGAUCCUCUGGUUCUGGCAGUUUGUGAAGGAGAUGGACAACGAGAAGCGGAUGAGACUGCUGCAGUUUGUCACAGGAACCUGUCGCCUUCCUGUUGGAGGCUUCGCCGACCUCAUGGGAAGCAACGGCCCGCAAAAGUUCUGCAUUGAGAAGGUGGGCAAGGAGAACUGGCUUCCACGAAGCCACACAUGCUUUAAUCGUCUGGACCUGCCUCCUUACAAGAGCUACGAGCAGCUGAAGGAGAAGCUCAUGUUUGCCAUCGAGGAGACCGAAGGCUUUGGUCAGGAGUGAUGCGGCGGGAGAUGAGAUGGAGCAGAGCGGGAGGAGCCAUAUCCAUUUUAGAAUAGAGAAAUCAAUACUCCCAAUCUCCUUGCAGCCGGGAGCUGCUUUUGAACUCGAAGAUGAGCACGUAAAUCUUUAUUUUCUAUAACAUAAGCCCUAAGAACAGUUUCCAGCCGGAAGUUCAUUCUUUCAACAAGACACCUGUGAAUCCUCCUCGCUUCUGUUUCACCUCCCACCUACACCAUGAAUUCCACGCUUAUCUAGUGGAUCUCUCUCUCCCACUAUCGCAGGAUGGAGGCAGAAGAGGCGCCUUUCUCACCCUGUCAUGUCUGCACUCGCUCUACGUUGCGCAAGUGCAGUUUCUAUACGUACAUCGGUGAAUCUGUGCAGUGGUAACUUCUUCAGAGCCGCCUGGUCGGGUUUAUGCACUAGAAUUAACAAUUUUCGAGGAAAGAACCAUAUUUGUGCAUUUUGACUUAAAAAAAAAAAAAGGUUUGUAUCUAUACGCAUUACGUAACAUCAAUCGCACAUAUAUGGUCUUUUAGACUCAACUUUUAUUUUUCUUUAGUUGAAUGGACAAUGUUUUUUUUAGACCCCUGACUGACUGACCGUAGCACAUACGCAGUUUACUUAUUAACUUUGCUGAAUAUGAUCUUGUUAAUUGUAAUAAUUUCUCUUAUUUCGAUAGGUUGAUUUCUUAACUUUAUGAGUUGAAACUUUGAACUAGUUUGCACAUUAUGUGAGCAGGAAGUCGGUCGUGAUUGUUCUUAAGAGAGGUUGUAUUUUUAUGUGCAAUAGUUUUGUAGAAAGCAAUUUAGCCAAUGAUGGAGCCACACAGUGGUUUGUUUGAUCAGUUUAUAACACUUAAGUAAGUUUCAGCAUUAAUUAAUAAUUUAAAUUCUCAAUCUGACCAUUUGCAUGCUUGCAAGUGUAUUUGGUGAAGCUGGUUUGGUUGUGAUUUGAUUUGAGACCUUUGCCUUCCUAAAGUGAUCUGUGCUGUAUAUAUUAUCAGCCUGCUUGACCUUGAGGGGUCACUUCCUUCACCAGUCAGGGAGACUGAAAGGAGUGACAUCUUUUUGUUGAUAAUUCUUAGCUGUUACUAAUGAAGUGGAGUUUUAGGGUGCGUCGUGUAAAAGAAAAGGAUUUGUUGACCUAUUCCCACUGAGAGGUAGCCAAUUCUCUGGUAGACGUCCAGAGUGCAGUAUUAUUCUAGAUCAGUGAUGAAGAUACUGUUUGAUGUGUUCAGUGACUAAUGCAGUUCAUGUAAAUAUGCUUACAGAGUAGACCGUGUUCACCCCGGCCGUGGACCCCCCUUUGAGUUGCAGGGACAAGUUGGUGAUUAAGAUUUGAAUUAUUGUAAUAUAAGUGGCCCUAGUUUUAUAGGGUGUUCGGGAUGUGUACAAUAGUAUAUUAGAGUAUUUCACGUCUUUUCCCAAAAAUAGCUCCAUUAACGUUGAACAGUGUUUCCUUUUUCUAGUAUAACUUUAAGAAAAUGACUACGGAACCGAUCUACCAAAGGAUUUUAUUUAAUUAUUUUUUCUAAACUAUUUGACUUAAAAGUUGAAGUCCAAUGAGUGAGACCAGUUCUUAACAAAACGAUAACACAUUUCCCAUCAGUCGUCACUAUUAAGUUUAUGGUUGUCUUUUAUUAUAUUAGUGGGUAACACUGUGACACGGAACGGUCGCUCAGCUACUUCAAUCGUAAAUAUAAAAUCGGGAGAUGAUUUAGAUCCGUAGAGUGAUAUUUUUUAACGACUUUUAUCUUUCAAAGCAUAACGCUGUGUGUGUGUGCGUGUGUGUGUGUGUGUGAGAGAGCGGGUGUAGGCAGUGUGGUGGAAAUUAAAUUUAUAUAAUUUCUUGUUCACUGAACAAUCUUUAUUACACAUUAGGUUUACGAAUUAACCCACGAAGGAACCGUGUGGCUGUCUGUCAUUUUCUCGUGUCAAUGCAGAUACUUGAGAAGAAAGAACCCAGUCGCUCCCUUUUUCACCUGACAGGUGUACUGGCCCUCAGUCAACACCAGUUACUGCUUGCUCGAUGUUCCACACUAUCUUACAUUGAUUCCCUUACUGAGAGCAAUGAACACGCAUACAGCUCGGUAUGUACCUCCUGCUUUGCAGACUUGUGAAGAGAUUUACAAAAAGACAAAAAAAUAGGUUUGUAAUUAAUGUUUACUAUUGAAUAUUUUAACAUGUUGCAACUAACAAUUUAGCACCUUGACACUCCAAACCGGUUGAAUUAACCACUUCACUGUUUCAUCACUGCUGUGUUCCAGCUCAUGGAGCAGUUAAAUGUAUAGAAAUAUGCAAAAUCGUGUUUUAGUUGUAUUGAUUGCAUUGUAAAUUAUGUCGAUAGUGUAAUCACUGUUUUUGAAGCUCUGACUUUUUUUGAUAAGUGGAAGUCAAUGGUUGAAAACUAUUUAUUUGUAGGAUGGGUUUCAUGUAAGGACUGGAAUGAUUGUGAACAGAAAAAACGUAAUUAAAUGAUCUAAACGCUGGGCUCCUGCAGGACACUUGUGAAGCGUUAAUUAUUAUCAACGCAGCGUUUUUCACAUUUGUUCACAAUAUCCUACACACAAGCCAUUGCUGCUGUUUGUAUGUUCCUUCUAAGUAAAUACAAGACAUCAAUUAUUUUGCAUAUUGUCACAUCAGAUCAUGAAUAAUGUGCACUUCCCCAACAUGGUUCAAGGAAAUGGAAGAAGUGUGAUUAUUGCGCCUCAAUACGAGAAUGCUGCUUACACAUUAAAGUAAGAGCGAUUCAAAUCCAAGCGUGCAAUAAAACGAAGCGUAAGAGAUAA